GGCCAACUUUUUAAAAUGUCAAUUCCCUCGAGUUAUAAGGCUGAGUGGAAUUAACUCAUCUUUUGUAACCGACUCUUCGCUCGAUUGACACAUAGCGAGGAGCAAUGUCAUCGCCAAAUUUUGCAGAUCGGCAGAAGGCCUUCUUCCGGCGGUUAAGAGGGCGAUUUGGGAAAGAGCGACAAUGGCAGCAAUUCCCAGGUAAUCAAACCCGACCCAUCUCCAUUGCAUUCAAGGAAUGGACCUUUAGCUAGAAUGGUAUAAAAUGAGGGUUAGAUGAGAUAAGCUGCUGUGGGCUGACUCUUUUGCAAAAUUAGGGGCGGCAUCACUAACUGGAAAGGGCGAUCGAGAACCUACCGCCGAGAAUUUCACGAUGAUCCAAUUCUUUGAGUGGUACGUCCCCGACGACCACAAACAUUGGCAGCGGUUGGAUCGUGCCCUGCCUCAUCUCAAAGCCACCGGGAUAGACAACAUCUGGAUUCCGCCGGCGUGCAAGGCGUCGUCACCUAGUGGAAAUGGAUAUGAUAUCUACGAUUUGUACGACCUGGGCGAGUUCGAUACCAAAGGGUCUUUGGGCACCAAAUGGGGCACCAAAAAGGAACUACUCGUGGCCUGCAAGAAGGCGGAUAGUCUUGGCCUGGGGAUCUAUUUCGAUGCGGUGCUCAAUCACAAGGCUGCGGCGGAUCAUGUUGAGACUUGUCGGGUGGUCAAAGUAGACCCCAACGAUCGCAACAGGGAAAUCUCGGACGUUUUCGAGAUCGAAGGCUGGCUCGGCUUUGAUUUUGCGCAGAGAGGCGACAGGUACAGCAAGCAGAAAUAUCACUGGUAUCAUUUCUCUGGGACCGACUAUGACAACAAGUCGAAGGAGACUGGGAUCUAUAAGAUUCUAGGGGAGAACAAACAAUUUGCAGGUGAUGUGGAUACGGAAAAGGGCAAUUAUGACUAUCUGAUGUUUGCCGAUCUCGACUACGCGCACCCUGAGGUGCAAGAAGACGUCAAGAACUGGGGUGUGUGGGUGUCCAAGGAAUUGAACCUCAACGGGUUCCGGUUCGAUGCGGUCAAGCACUAUUCGGAGGCAUUCCUCCACGACUUCAUCAAUAACCUUGACGCCAAUGUCGGACACGACUCAUUCUUAGUGGGGGAAUUUUGGAAGACGUCAACCCCGUCUUUGCAGGGCUACCUAUCGAAAAUGAAUCAUAAGUUCAACCUUUUCGACGCCCCCCUGGUUGAGAAUUUUCACCGUAUCUCAACAGGAGAAAGGGCAGACUUGCGGCAAGUGUUCGACAACAGUCUGACUCAAGCUGAACCUUACAAUUCCGUCACCUUGGUACAAAAUCACGACACGCAGCCUAGCCAAGCGUUGCAGCUUGAGGUCACGGGAUGGUUCAUUCCGCUGGCAUAUGCUUUUAUCCUGCUCAGAGUUGAUGGAUAUCCAUGUCUGUUCUACGGAGACGUGUAUGGUAUCAAAGGGGGCGUGGAGAAUGACUGGCGAGGGCCCGCUGCUGGGGGAAAGAUCCCAGACAUGACUCUGGCGCGCAAGUUGUACUCAUAUGGUGAACUGAACGACUACUGGGACCAGCCGAACUUGAUCGGAUGGGUGAGACGAGGGACCUGGGAUCGACCUGACGGGUGUGCUGUUGUGCUCAGUAACGCAGAAAUGGGAGAGAUCCGCAUGUUUGUGGGCGAGGUGCACAAGGGAGAAGUCUGGACGGAUGUCCUGGGUUGGCAGGAUCGAGAGGUGCAGAUCGGAGACGAUGGAUUUGGUGUGUUCAGUGUGGGUAGCUGUAGUGUCAGUAUAUUCGUGAACAGCAAAGCCCUGGGGCGGGAUCAGUUUGGCAAAUUUGAUGAUAGGAUUUAUAGAUGAGAGAACUAGGAUCAUGGCGUUCUUGUUCGUGGCCUUUCGAAGCUCGGGAGCGGUUUGGGGAUCUGAACUCGUGCUGAAUAUGCUAGAUGCGUCUGUUAAACAUUCCAUAGCCACAAGUACCCU